CGUUUGUUCCUACCGAUUCCUUUGAAAUUUUGACACAACGCUGCAUUCGAAUACGCACGUGUUUUUAUAUAAUAUACUGUACAUUACGAAAUUCCUCCCACUGGGAGAAGAUGGUUAGGAUUAAGGCUUACUGUAAAGAACUCUGCUUCUAUUAUACUAUUUUAGAUGCGGUUUUUUGUGUUUUUGAUUGCAUUUUAAUAGGGUACGUCAAGAGAAUGUACACUAAGAAAGGAUUUUUCGAAAAAUUCCCCCCCAUGGGGAAAGUGUGUGUUAUACAUUUAUAAUAGAUACAUUUUGAGCCACAACAACGCGUGGCGGGGUCUGCUAAUAUAGUAUACAAUUAUGAAUUCGGACUUUGUUUAAUCAAUAUUUGUUAAAUAUAAAAAUUUUUAAUAAACAUUUUGCUGACUCCAAACUUUUUAUCAGGAAACGUAAAACAAUUAAGUUAAAGAUAAUUUAACUUAUCAAAUGCCGGGAGUUUCCAUGCCAUGUCAACUGUAUUAAAGAAUUUCUGUAUAUUUUUCAAAGAAUUUUCCUAAAUUGAAAUAGUGUUUGAUGAAAAUCGAAUUCAGUUGCCAAAGUAAUUAAGUUCCUACCGUUCUUUCUCAUAUCAUAUAAUUGUGAAUUAGGUUUAUGAUUACAAAUGAUGUAAUAUGGCAUAUAGAUGAAAAGUGUUAAUUGGAAUUUGGAUCUUCGAGGCACACACUACAGGAUCAAAACCUUGCCAUUACGUAAGCUAAUUCGAUCUAUUAACCUAAUUAGAAGAAAAAUUCAUCUUAUAUCGUUACGAUCUAUCAAAACUAAAUAUAAAUUAUGUAGAAAUACGAAAUUAGAUAUCAUUACAUUGCAUUCAUUCAUCGUUGCCUGAAUAUUAAAAGUGUCGAAAUUAAAUAAAGUUACGAUGUAUUUAUUACGCAGAAAAAAAUAGUAUAUACAAUGUGUUUCGUGUUUAUCGCUUCUUUAUUUAUUAUCUUACGUAAUAUUUUCAUUAUCAGAUUAUCAGUCCUCUACCAAAACGUGACUAUUUAUCCAUAAUUAAAACACUUGACACCCAAAUUUUAGGAAUCCAAAACAAUUUACACUGAACUAAUGGAAAAGAAGAUGUCAGGACGAUUUUAAGCUAAGUAUUUUAUAUAUAGCCUAAAUAGAUAAAUAAGUUUUUCUCGGGAUUUUCUUGUUUGUUUGUAUUUUAGCUGUGAAAUCUGUUUAAUUGGGACAGUAAUCUUCAGUCUGAAUAGACUUUACUGUAAUAAAAAACAAUAAAAUUUUUAUAAAUCAAAAUUUAUAUAGGUCGAAGAUAAAUGUGAAGUUACUAAUACAUGAUAUGGAUUCUUCACUCUUUUAAAAAUGUAGUAAUGACUAUUGUAAUUAUUAAUUAUUUACUGUGAAGAUAUAAAAUAUAAAAAUGCAAAUAAAAUAAUGUUGGAGGCAAUUUUCCACAUCAACAAUUAUGAUAAAACUAUUAUACUUAAAGAAUCACAGUUUUUUUCCUUCUAUUGAAAAUUAUUAAUCUAAAUAUGCUAUUUUUUUCGAGUAAUGAAAUUAUAUUUUUAGCAUUAAUAUGAUGAAAAAACCGCAUUGGUUUAAAGGUAAUCCAAUUGCAACAAAAUAUAACUUUCUACACGUGUAUUUAAUAAAUAACUUAUUUAUGUGAGAAUGUAUUUUUCAUACAUAUAAAAACUAAUAUUUUCUGCCAAAACGUUCUUUAUUUUAUAUUCUUGUAAUCAUUAUUAAUACAGUAAUUACAAUUUCCAAUAACACCGGCAUCGAUCUACAUAUAACGUAUAUUUGGAUGUUCGGGCCAUCAAUAAAUGAGAAAUGAAAAAUAAGGCGUACUUGUGUAUAAUGUACUCGUUCUAUUCCUAAGUUUUUCGUAUGGUAUAAAAUAAAAAUACGUAUAUAUAAAUAAUGCGAUGAAAGCACUUUCACACGGGUUAUAAAUAUUCAAAGUCUAUCUAUAGAAAAUAGGAAUAAAAUGAAUUUCGAGCUUAUUUAAAAAAAGAAAAAAAAUCGAAUUUAAAAUAAAUAAUAUAACUAUAUUUUAUUUAUUUGAAAGCGUAUUUCUUUCCGGAAACGUCUCCGAUUAUUUAUAGGUAUGUCUGAAUGUAUGGAGUUGCGUCAAAUUCGAUAAUCGUAACGCGAUUAGUGGGCAAUGAUCUCAUAGCAUCUAAUAAAUUUUAUUUCUUUAUCAUUAACGAUAACGGUGUAUCAAAUCACGUGGUAUAUGCAAAGAUGUCAUUCGGAGAGUAAACUCGAUCGGAGAAAGUCGUAAUUCGUCUUCUAUCCACAAACAUGGAAAACUGGAAAAAGUGGUUAUGCUUCUUUAUUGGUUAUUUCGAAAGUUUAUUAUUUGCCGGUAUCAUUUACGGUUGGCCGAGUUUAGUAUACCUUUUUAAAGAAGAUCACCUUUAUAGUCACCUGUGUUCUAAUAUCACUGUAGCGGUAGAAUCUAAUGUAACUGUUGCAGUCCACGCGGAAAUGUACACCAAGAAGACACAGGUAAACUAUAUAAAUUGCUACGAAGAAGAUAGCAUGUACAAUUUGGCAUUUAGUAUAGGUACCUGUAUACUGUCCACUUCUGUCUUAUUUGGUGCAUUGAUAUUAGAUUAUAUGGGUUUAAGGUUUACUAGGGUAUUAAACAGCAUCAUUUUGGCAUUAAGCUUUUUAUUAUUUGGCUUGUGUAAUAAAGAAAGACCGUAUCUUAUAUUUUUCGGAGUAGUUUUAUUAGGAUUAGGAGGGGGUCAACUUCGCUUAACAGAUCUACAAAUUGCAGAUAUAUUUCCGAAAGCAAAAGCUACUGUAAUUGCGCUGUAUGGCGGAGCCUACACGGGAUCGUCUAUCGUAUUUCUGUUUUUUAAAAUAGGUUACGAAUUUGGAAUCUCUUGGCGCACUUCCUUCUACUUUUGCAGUAUAUUAUCGUUACUCAUGCUAAUUCCUACAUUUUUAUUAUUUCCGAAGAUUAAAUUUAAUUCAGAGGUGCAUAAAUCCAACAAGGUAACUCAAAAUGUAAUCCAUAACGAUGAAAAGACUCCUCUGAUCGUCUCUACCAAUACUAAACAUAAAAUUGAUCAUGAUCAUCCACAGAGUCAAAUUAGUAUUGAUAAAUCGGUAGAAUACAUGAAAUCUUUGCCAUUAUCUCAUUCAUUAACUUCUUUCUCGUAUCUCAUCCACGUUUACUCUAUUUCUAUUGCCUGUCUGGUGGUGAUGAUAUAUAACGGAUCUUUUAAUGUAUGGAUUAGUGCCGUGACGAAAAACAACGAAACUGUAAGUUAUUUGGUGGAGGUGUUUGGUUCCAUACAAAUAUUAAUGGUCAUUAUCGGACCGGUGGUAGGCACUAUGAUGGAUUAUGCCGUGAAUAAAGCUAAUACAGUAAAAGAAGCCAUUAGCAGAAGGAAAAAAAGACAGAAGGGAGGAUUUUGGGCUUUGCUAAUAACGUUUAUUGUAACAAUAGCAUUACUGACUUGUACUUUUUUUUCGAAUAUUAAUGCGAUUUACGUAUCCAUAUUUAUUUAUCUAUUGGCUCGAUCUAUGUCUAUCUCCGCUCAACCGGCAUAUAUACGAGUAAGGUUCCCGCAGCAUCAUUUCAAUGUUUUGACUGGAAUAUCCGGAGUAGCCAUAGGUUUUCAAGCAUUGAUACAAUAUUUUUUCUUUAUUUGGAUAGGAAAUAACCCAUUAUGGGCUCGAUCGACAUUGCUCAUAUUAGCAACUAUCAACUUUGCCAGUCCUUUUCAUCUAUUAUGUUUACCAGUAAUGAAAAACUAUAGCUAGCUCUUCCAUAAAAAUCAAUAUACCUCGUAAUAUCAAUUCGGGUCAUGAAUCUCGACCGUUUAUAACAAUUAUGUAAAUACUUUUUACCCAGAUGUAAAAAUUUCGAUAAUAAUAAUUCAUUAUUUUAACAAAUUAA